AUGCAUAAGCCUUUUCAGAAGCAUGCGUCUUCGACGCACGAAUUUGUGCAGCGGGCAAUUGCAAGAAUAAGGUUGGGCCACCCCAAGCCGCUUUGGUUUGACACGGUGGUGCAGGUUUAUCCUCCUCUUGCACCGUUCAUGUUGUCUUCCGAACAGCGGGCCCCGUUUCCCACCAACAGCGACGAAAACAUGCACAAACCAACAGAUGAUCCCUGUGACGAUCCAUGUGACCGCAUCAUCAGAAAAAAGAAGAACCAGCUCUCCAAAGAAGAACGGGAAAUGCUGAAUUGGCGACACCUUUUCCCCCCCAAAUGGGACCACCAGCCGCUUCCAAAAAUCCAAACGCCUCAAGAUACACCGAUUCGUCAGCUUUUCGAACGGUAUCCAUUUGAAGCUACUAGAUCUGCUAUGGACCCGAUAAGCCCCGUCAAAUUUCCGGCAAUUUCAGUUGAUGAGACGGGUGCUCAUAUUGAUACGAUUGACAAUGUCCACCCUGGAGGGAUUCCAUCCCUGCUUGAAGAUAAGCUUGCAAGAGAAUGUGCAAUUGCAACUAAUGCCAUAUCGUCUACAAUAGAACAAUCUUCGGUCAAAUUUGCCGAGCUGGAGAUGAGUGCGCCACAACCUAACCCUAACCCUAGAAGAAAAGAUCGCCGUAGGGUUAGGAGAGAGAAAUUUUCGGAAUAA